AUGGCACAAGGCUUCAUCGGCUCCGACACAAGCGAAGAUAUGGAGGAAAUUGGUGGGAUGUAUUUUGAUGAUUUAUUAAGACGAUCGUUACUCCAAGAUGCAGAAAUGGGUAGUAAUGGCAACAAAUUCAGCUGCAAGAUGCAUGAUUUAGUUCAUGACCUCGCACAAUCUGUUGCAGGAAAUGACUGUUUGAUUGUGGGGAUGACACAACAGGCCAAUGUGGACCUAAACAGGGUCCACCAUUCUUUCAUCUUCAGUUCAUCUAUGUUUGAAGUGACUUCAAUUUCAUCCACCUUUUAUAAGGCGGCCAAGUUGCGAACAUUGCUAGUCUCCCAUGGGUCAAGACCUUUCCCUCCUAAAUUGGAAAUGUCACUAAUGAAACAAGUAAGGAUCUCAAUUUGUCUCCACAAAUUAUUUCAUCAUUUGCAAUGCCCAAGGACGUUAGAAAUGACCGGAGCUAAGAUUGCAAAAUUGCCUCGAACAGUAGGACAGUUGAAGCAUUUGAGAUAUAUCAAUUUGCCUUACUCAAAUAUAGAAGAGAUCUCUGCUUGGUUGAUUUAUUCCGUAAAUUUACAGACCUUGAUACUCAAUGCCUGUGAAUGGCUAAGAAAACUGCCUAGAGAAAUGAGAAAAAUGAUUAGCCUCAGACAUCUAGAACUUGAGAGGACCAACAAUCUAAGCUACUUACCCAGACUAAGUACUCUUCAGACAUUAACAAAAUUCAUUGUGGGUGGAAACCAUGGUGUGGAUGGAUGGGAUUUAGGAGAAUUGAAACACCUUAAGCUCCUUCAGGGAAGCCUUGAUAUAACCCAUUUGCAAAAUGUGUCGAGUGAGGACGAAGCUAGGGAAGCAGAAUUAUAUAAGAAGAGGCACCUUCAUACUCUCUCCUUAUACUUCAAGUACUCCACAUAUGGAGAGGUAGUGGGAGAUGAAGAGAAGCAGAGAAUGGAGGGAGUGCUCGAAGGACUCCAGCCUCAUACAAACUUGAAAGAGUUGAAGAUACGGAGUUACAGAGGUUCCAAGUUUCCUGAGUGGAUGGGGGAUCCUUCCUCUAAUCUAAUCAGGAUUCUACUGUAUGAUUGCAGUGAGUGA